GUAGUGGCAGUAUUCCCAAGACUAGUAGUUUAUGUCGCAACAUAGCCUAUAUCGGCGCUCCACCGCCACGGGACGACAAUGAGCGACAAGAUGGCACGUCAGCAGGACUUCAACGAUCUCUUCAACGUGAGAAAUAAUUUCUACAUCGGCAACUAUCAGCAAUGCAUCAACGAGGCGCAGAAGAUCAAGACGUCCGUGCCAGAAGUGGCCAUGGAGCGUGACGUCUUCCUCUAUCGCGCGUACAUAGCGCAGAGGAAGUUCCGCGUGGUGCUGGACGAGAUCAACAAUUCGUCGCCGCCGGAAUUGCAGCCGCUCAAGACCCUGGCCGACUACUUCGCCAAUCCGCAGCGCCGGGAGGCUAUAGUCGCCGAGCUGGAUAAGGAGACCAAGAACGUGAAUUACGACAACCACAACCUCCUGAUCGUGGCCGCGACCAUCUACUACCACGAGAAGAAUCUGGAGGCCGCCCACCGGGUGAUAUGCGCCGCCGACAACCUCGAGUGCAUGGCGCUGACGUUGCAGAUCUACCUCAAGAUGGACCGUCUGGAUCUGGCUCGCAAGGAGCUCAAGGCGAUGCAGGAGAAGGACGACGACGACACCUUGACUCAGCUCGCUCAGGCGUGGAUAAACAUCAGCAACGGUGGCGACAAGCUGCAGGAUGCUUAUUACAUCUUUCAGGAAAUGAUCGACAAGCAUUCCAGCACGAGCAUGUUGCUGAACGGCCAGGCCACUUGCUUCAUCGGACAAGCGAAGUACGAGGAGGCGGAGACAGCCUUGCAAGAGGCUCUCGAUAAGGAUAGCAAUAAUCCAGAUACGUUGAUCAAUAUGAUCGUCCUCUCGCAGCACAUGGGCAAACCGCCGGAAGUGGCGAAUCGUUACCUGAGUCAGCUGAAAGAUUCCCACUUGGAACAUCCCUUCGUCAAGGAGUACUUGCAGAAGGAAAUUGAAUUCCAUAGGCUUAAGGAACAGUAUUCAUCUUCCGCCUGAGUACCUCUCGGCAGAUUAUGGCAUUCCGUGGGAUAAGAUCGAUCAAGUAUACGGAUUACGAAUGGACCCGAGCGUGGAAUAGCAAGUUGACUUCAUUGAAAGCGUCCACUGAGCAAAGCUUCUCCUCUUUAGCUGAAAAACUUUUCUUCUGAAGCUGAAAUGUCCAAAUAGAUCCGACAACUUACGGACCUCUGCAUUUCGGAACUUUAAUUACUGAAAAAUUUACAUUUUUUUUUUAUAUUCUAUUUUUGUUGAGAGUGAAUCAAAGUCCAUGUAAUAUUAACUUUUAGGCUUUUGAAAAUACAGUUUUAGGAUGAUGUUACGCGUAUAUUUCCAACAGCCUCUAGUUAUCUUUCGCGGAAUAAAAAACGCGCAAUUUCCCGAAUUUAAUGACAUCUCGUUCUAGAUGAAUAAGUUGCUCUGCAAUAUUGAGAUAUUGUUUUUAUAUUAAACUAGAUAUAUAUAGACAAAUAAUAGAUAGGCUUAGCAAAGCUGUACGGAUAAUGGAAACGUUCGAAAUCGCAAGAACCGAGUUGUAUGUGACUGGAAAAGUCGCUCUUAUCCAUAUUAUCCUAAUGUUACACUUUCAUUACAUAAUCACGAAAAUAUGGCUGCCAUUUUGUAAAAUUAUAAAUUAUCGAAACUAGAGACCAUGUCGAGUUUAAGCAUCUCUUCAUACAAUAUUCGUAUUGCCAAUUUAGAGAUGUAACAGAUAGGCGAAAUAUUAUAAUAAAAUAUUUCGUACAUUAUGAAUACGCAAGAGCUGGGAAAUGUGUUUUUUUAAUUUCCAAAUUGCCCCGUAAUGUUUGUAAAUAUCCUUAUUAUAAAGAUAAUAACUUAUUAUAAUUGACUUAGAAAAAAAUAAAGUCUUACAUCGUUAA